ACACAGAUAUUUUUGUUUAAUUACUAUAUUUUUUAUGAUUGGACAAAAAUGUUAAGGAACUUUAACUUAGCAAUCAUGUACAAGAAAUAUAAGUAACUCCUAAUUGAUAUAUUCUUCGCAGUUGUUUAAGAUCGAACCCGUCACCAAGAACUCGAGAGAAUAAUAUCUUUCUCUCGAUCGUCCUCUGAUCCCGCCAUCAUCUGCCAACUCCCACUUGUAUAAAUUCAAUUCCCAAAACCCCAUCCGACGAAAUUGACUGACUAAUUUUUAAUCGGAAGAUUUUCCGUUAACCUAACCCUAACCGGAGAGAUGGAUUCGAUUAUAUGCACGGCACUGGAUGAAAUCUGUUCUCAGGGAAACACAGGGAUCGCUCUCGUUUCUUUAUGGUCACGUCUCUCUACUCUUUCUUCUUCCGUCAAGGUUCAUGUCUGGAGAAAUCUUCUCACGAUCCCUCAGCUCCAAUUCAAGACUAAGAACACUGUCUACGGAUCAUCAGAUACUUCGAUUCAACAGCUUGACGAUGCACUAAGACUCGAUUUAAGGAUCGUCGCUAAUGAGAACUUACGAGCUAACUUCGUUGGCUUGUACGAUACUCAGUCGAAUAACACUACUAUUCCCGCGAUUCAGCGACGUGUUCUUGAACGUUUGGCUAUUGCUAGAGACAAUGGAGAUGCACAAAAUCUGCUUGCUAAAGAGUUUGGUAUCGAUGGAAGGAACUUCUUCUAUAGUGUGAAGCAGCUUGAAUCUCGAGGUUUGAUUGUUAGGCAACCAGCAAUUGUGAGAACUAAAGAAGUUGAUUCCAAAACGACUUCAUGUAUUACCACCAACAUGAUAUACUUAACUCGUUACGCCAAGCCUAUGGGUUCGCAGCAGAGGUUUGAGAUUUGUAAAGAGGACUCUAUGUCUGAGCAUGAGGCUACUGCCGCCGGAGAUAGUUUGAAAGAUGAUACGCUUAUUAACGAUUUUUUACCAGCAAUGCAGGCAGUUUGUGAUAAGCUCGAAGAAGCUAACGAGAAAGUUUUAGUUGUCUCGGAUAUUAAGCAAGACCUUGGUUAUAUGGGAUCACAUAUAAGGCAUAGAGCUUGGAGAAGUGUUUUUCGCCGGUUGAUAGACUCUCAUGUAGUAGAGGAGUUUGAUGCUAUGGUGAAUAAUAAGGUUGAAAGAUGUCUCCGUUUGUUAAAAAGAUUUUCAGCAGAAGAUUUUAACUACUCUAGGAAAAAGCAACUCCUAAAAUUCGGAAGGAGUAUUCAAAAAACAGAACAGACUUUGGAGCUUCCAAUAGAUAAUCAAAUUUAUGAUAUGGUUGAUGCUGAAGGUUCUAAAGGCUUGGCUGUUAUGGAGGUAUGCGAAAGACUUGGGAUUGAUAAGAAGAAGAUCUAUCCUCGGCUUUGUAGUAUUUGUUCAAGAGUCGGGAUGCAUUUACAGGCAGAAAGCCACAAGAAGACUCGAGUAUUUCGAGUUUGGACUUCUCGUCAUACUCGGUCUGAGUCUUCUGAUAAAGCUGAAAAUAUUAGAGGGGAAAAUAAUGAUUUUAGUACACCUCAUGGUACCGGUGGAUUGGCUAAGACCUCUACCGAACACAGUUUUAAAGUUUCAGAUGCUGACAUCUAUACACCUACAACGUUAACUGAUUCUGAAAGGAAUUCAGGAGCCAAAAGAAGAAAGGUGGUUACACGUCGUAACUUACAAGAACCAUUCAAUGAGAUCGGUGAUAAGGUUGUUGAGGAUGCAAUGGGGUCCCCUGAUUUACCGAACUCGGCUAAAUCAAAAGUGCAGCAACCUCAUGCUACUAUCGAAAACUCUCGGAGAGAGCAGAGAAUACUUGAGCGCUUAAAUGUACUUACUGUUCUCUUUAUCCACUUUGCUUGUUAUAAACGUUUUCUCCUUUUUUUUCCUUCUAACUGACUAUUUGUUUCUUCUUUCUUGGCUGGCCAAAGGAGGAGAAGUUUGUUUUGA